GCCGCCGGAAAGCAGAAUGGAACGACCGAAGCAAUUCUCGCGAGAUGUAGAAAGCCUGUCUGUCCAGAGGGGCGGAGACCCAGAGAGGUACCACGUGGGAACUAUCCUGCUGAAUCUCCUGCGGACGUCCACUUUGGGUCUAGGUUGGCAUUGGAACCGUGGACAUGAGGAAGGAAACCCCGCCUCCUGUAGUGCCCCCGGCGGCCCGCGAGUGGAACCUUCCCCCUAAUGCGCCCGCCUGCAUGGAGCGGCAGUUGGAGGCUGCGCGGUACCGGUCGGAUGGGGCGCUCCUGCUUGGGGCUUCUAGCCUGAGUGGCCGCUGCUGGGCUGGCUCCCUCUGGCUUUUCAAGGACCCUUGUGCCGCCCCCAACGAAGGCUUCUGCUCCGCUGGAGUCCAGACGGAGGCCGGAGUGGCUGACCUCACCUGGGUGGGGGACAAAGGUAUCCUGGUGGCUUCCGAUUCAGGUGCUGUUGAAUUGUGGGAGCUGGAUGAGAACGAGACACUCAUUGUCAGCAAGUUCUGCAAGUACGAGCAUGACGACAUAGUGUGUACGGUCAGCGUUCUCAGCUCUGGCACACAAGCUGUCAGCGGUAGCCAGGACUUCUGCAUCAAGGUUUGGGACCUCCCUCAGCAGAUGGUACUGAACUCAUACCGGGCUCACUCGGGGCAGGUCACCUGUGUCGCUGCCUCUCCCCACCAGGACUCUGUGUUUCUUUCAUGCAGUGAGGACAGUAGGAUUUUGCUCUGGGAUACCCGCUGUCCCAAGCCGGCAUCGCAGAUGGGCUGCGGCACCUCUGGCCACCUUCCCACCUCCCUGGCUUGGCAUCCUCAGCAGAGCGAGGUCUUUGUCUUUGGCGAUGAGAAUGGGACCAUCUCCCUCGUGGACACCAAGAGUGCGGGCUGCGCCCUCAGCUCAGCGGUGCACUCCCAGUGCGUCACUGGGCUGGUGUUCUCCCCACACAGUGCUCCCCUGCUGGCCUCUGUCAGUGAAGACUGCUCCCUCGCCCUGCUGGACUCGGGCCUUUCAGAGGUGUUCCGAAGCCGAGCUCACAGAGACUUUGUGAGAGACGUGACGUGGUCUCCGCUCAACCCCUCCCUCCUGACCACCGUGGGCUGGGACCACCAGGUCAUCCACCACGUGCUUGCAGAGCCUCCCCCAGCCCCGGGACCCAACAGCGUUGCUGAGUAGGCCGGACUGAAGACAAAAGCAAAUCCCCCAGGAGUGGCCUCGCCCUUUGCCCCUGCCCCUCCAUUUGUGAAACAGCGUGGAGCCUCCCGCGCGGUGCCGGCAGCCCAAGUCGGGGCAGUCACCAGGCAUGUCUCAGCCGGGGGUGUCUGGGUUCUGGGAUCCUGUACUCACAGGGGAAAAAACUUUCUGGAAAAUGGAUAGGUAUGGAUGUCUGUGUGUGUGUGUGUGUCUGUGUGUGUGUGUGUGUGUGUGUGUGUAGUUUUUGGUUGUGGGGGGAAUAAAAAAUCCAUCCCACGUUCCUGGGGCCCACGCUCCCACCCGUCCCCAACCCCCAAAAAAGAGUUCACGAGAGGGUUUUGUGCUUCCCACGUAGCUGUGCUUGAGGAAUUUGCUGUGCGUGGGUGACAUGGGAUGUGGGCAUUCCUGGAUUCUAGGAAGCAGCUCAUAUACUACUCAUAGACGUAGGAGCUUUUUAAUAGACUUUAAUUCACCUUGGACGUGGGCAGUGUUUCCAUUCACAAAAAUCCAGCCCAGCUCACCUUGAGGGGGAGCCACGUCACUCACCGCAGCUCUGCACAUCUUCUUGCCAUUAAACUGACUCAGAAAUCCA